AAACCACAACUUGCUCCUAGAAUCCUGUUAGCUCAUUCCUUCCUGCAUAGGACCAGUCACCCUAGUCUAGCCAGUUAGAGCUGGGCAGAGCGGUUGGAAGAAAUGAAGCCAGUUCCUCAGGUUGUAUCCAGAGUUUUUGCUAUGGGGAGCGGUUAAGUCUAUAGGAAGGCAGAGACGAGACCCAGCACAGCCUGGCCUGGAGUAUACCAAACACUGGGAUGAGGAGUGGCUCCUAACCAAGUGGUCAAUUUCCUUUUCUCAGUAAUGAGGAAAAACAGUGGGGAAGCCUGGCCUACAGCAAGGUGCUGGAAUGGUCGGUGCUUAGCCAGAAAGUGAAGGUGAUGGAGAGUGCUCCCUUUAGUCCAUUGCAGCAGGGUGGCUCUUGGUGCAUUCACAUCAUUUGACUUGGACAGACCUCAGCGCACAGGCCAGCAGCUGCCUGUGAGGACGCCACAACCUGAGUCUUGGGAGCUGCCAGUGGUUGAGCGCCAGCAGAAUGUCCAGCCAGGAUCUGAGCAUCGCUGCAAAACUCAUCAAUGGAGGCGUGGCAGGACUCGUCGGGGUGACCUGUGUGUUUCCCAUCGACCUUGCCAAGACCCGACUGCAGAACCAGCAGGGGAAAGCUGUGUAUAAAGGAAUGACAGAUUGCCUGGUGAAGACUGCGCGUGCCGAGGGCUUCUUGGGCAUGUACCGAGGGGCUGCGGUAAACCUUACCCUGGUCACUCCAGAGAAGGCAAUCAAGCUGGCAGCCAAUGACUUCUUGCGGCAGCUGCUCAUGCAAGAUGGGGUGCAGCGGAACCUGAAGAUGGAGAUGCUGGCCGGGUGUGGGGCUGGAAUAUGCCAGGUGGUGGUUACCUGUCCCAUGGAAAUGCUCAAGAUUCAGCUGCAGGAUGCUGGCCGCUUAGCUGUCGGUCCUCAGGGCUCUGCCUCGGCUGCGCCCACCUCCCGGCCCUACAGCACCGGCUCGGCUUCCACCCGCAGGCGCCCAUCGGCCAUCCUCAUUGCCCGGGAGCUGCUCCGCACCCAGGGCCUGUCUGGCCUCUACAGGGGCCUGGGUGCCACUCUCCUAAGGGACAUUCCCUUCUCGGUCAUCUACUUCCCCUUGUUUGCGAACUUGAACCAGCUUGGGGUCUGCGAGCUCACGGGCAAGGCUCCCUUCACACACUCUUUCGCGGCAGGCUGCGCCGCAGGUUCGGCGGCGGCCGUAGCUGUCACCCCUCUGGACGUUCUGAAGACUCGAAUCCAGACCCUGAAGAAAGCUCCGGGCGAGGACAUCUACAGCGGGGUCACUGACUGUGCCAGGAAACUCUGGACACAAGAAGGAGCAGCUGCCUUCAUGAAGGGAGCAGGCUGCCGGGCCCUGGUCAUAGCCCCCCUCUUUGGGAUCGCCCAGGGCGUCUACUUCAUUGGCAUCGGAGAACGCGUCCUAAAGUGCUUUGAGUAGUCUAUGGUGGCCCCCACAAGCUGCCAUCUCUGGCCCUACACUCGAGACUAGGUGGUAGUGCUGGAAGCCUAAGAUGCCUACCCUGUUGUUGUACAUCAUCUAACCUGUAAUGUUACCUCAGAAGAAAUGACCCAUUUCACUACUUACCAGGGGCCUUCAGAAGCCCCAACCACCUGCUUAACAAUGGAAACAGCCUUGUGUAUUGGGGCAGGCGCAGGCACAGUAAGGAUGGAAGGGCUGGUCUACACCAGCACGCCCCCUGUAGGCAGGUGCAGGACAGUGUUAGGACAGUGUUAAUCCUAGCACUCACACUGUGACAUCAGAAGUAAACCUGGCCUGAACCAUGUGCCCUCCUGAGCAUCAUUAAUGGUCAAAUGAACCCAAAUGAGCAGUAUGGCCCCCUGAGAGUAGCUGUCCUGCCCCAGAUGCCCACCCUUAAGUAUGGUCCCAGAUCACUCCUAGUGGGUGCUUGUGGGACGUGAUCUAGAAUAAAGCUGGUUAAAUCCUUGUCCUGUAA